AAUAUGUCACUCACGUCAAUCCUUUCCGCUGAGGCCAUCGAGAAUGCUAUCAAGGAUUGCCAAGCCCCAGAAUCCUUCACUUACAAAAAGUUUUUCCAACUGUGUGGCCUUACCAAGAAAAGUCCUCAAGAAGUGAAAGACGUUUUUGGUAUCCUGGAUAAUGAUGGCAGUGGUUUCAUCGAAGAGGAGGAACUCAAGUUUUUUCUGCAGCGAUUCUCCCCAGGGGCUCGCCUGUUGACUGACAAGGAGACCAAAUCCUUCCUGUCAGCUGCUGAUGAUGAUAAUGAUGGCAAGAUUGGAGUGGAUGAAUUCCAGGCCAUGGUUCUGUCAUGA